GGGUCAUUGUCACACGCGGUUCCAUCCAGGUUUGCUCUCGUCUUUGCUAUUCAAGGAUCUCUGCUGUGCCGACUUUUGCCAUUUCGGUUUCCUGCGCUACUUCAAUUUUCUGAUGUCUUGGGACUUCUUGGAAUCGAUAACCACGUUGAACUCAAUGCUUGCCAUCAUCGUGCUGAUACAUACCUGGGUGCGACUCAUUUAUUACUUAGACCACGAAUUCCGUCGGCACUGGCGAUAACUUUGACUACGGAGGCCGCGGAACUUCGAAUGCCAUCGAUCAAUGAGAACGGUGUGAGAAACUUCAGGUCUGUAUGUUAAUUAACAUUGUACAUCAGCAACCAUCGUUCUUUUCUUCGAUAGCGGUUUCCCAGCGUGAGCUUGGUUAUUUAGUUCGUGACACUGGUUCUAACGAAAGUUCUCUUGGUGUCGAUCGAUGGCAAUUACUCCCAUUUAGAUCUAAAUUCGGAAGGAAGGAAAAAAGUAGGACGACUGACCCAUUCACUCAGCCGGCAAUUGACGUGAGCUAUUUCUUCGUUUACUGGGACCUAGAUGUCCAGAUCACCAGCUCCCGUAUGUCUCGUACUAUUCUUACCAGUCCUCCACUCAGG